AUGGCAAAUGCUUGCAUCCAAGUGCAUAGUUUAGUGAUUCAAUUAUUAAGUAGCAAAUAUUUCCAUAAGCUCCUCGAGAAUUCCUUGGACAAUUUAUUUUUAAUAUUCAUUCUGAAUAUUGGUUUGCUAUUCAUACAAACAAAGAGCGAUGACGAUACCGCCGCUGUUGUCACCGUCACAGACAGGAUCAAAAGUUCUAAAGUGGAUGUCUUGGAUAUAAUACCAAAAAUUAAUAAUCAAAUGACUGAAUUUAAUCAAAGUGAAACCAAUUUAGUGCCUAAUACCACUCAGACAGAUUCACAUCAAAUAAUAAUAACUCAAAAAGGUCGAGGACAUUUUCCCAAACGCAGAAAAUUCUUGAAGCAUUUAUAUCCAUUUGUGAUGGCAGCACUUUUUGCUAAACUAAUUGUUGUUCCAUUGGUUUUGAAGCUACUUAUAGCAACGACUUCGUCAGCUUUUGUUAUGAGUAAAAUUGCUUUGGUUAUAUCUGCUUUAAUAGCACUCAGCUGGUUGCUUGGAGCGACACGUGAAAGAGCAAAGUUUCAAAUUGUUCAAUACCCGGGACCAGGACCGAAUGGAUUGAAAAAAACUUUUGGUGGCUGGAAUAUUCAGGAGAAAUAUUCACCAUCUAAUCCUUAUCAAUAUGGAGGAUCAUACAAUGAUUGGACUUAUGAUGAUGCUGUCGCUGAACAGAAUGACAAUAUUAAUGACAAAAACUUUUUUCUUUGA